AACUGGCUUUAAAAGCCUCGGUGAAAACCCUUCAUUUAUGGAUUAUUUUGGGGUUUAUGCUGAUUUUUAAAAUCCCCGCUCUUUUGUUAUUUAUUCCCUUCCUCUGAGUACUAAAUUGGCAAGAGAAGAGUCAAAUCCUCCUCAGACUUUUAUUCCCUGUUUUUCUGUGGCAGAGGUGACACCCAACAGCAUGGAGGGAUCAGGAUCAGGAUCGGGAUCGGAGCACCCGGAGGGAGAAGCCAGUUCUGAAGGCAGCUCCAGCAGCAGCUCAGAAGAGGAGUCAGAUGAAGAACAGGAGGAGAAGGAAUCCCCACCUUACUGCAAUGAGUCAGGAGGGAACUACUUGCCACCCUGUGAGCACUGCAGGAAUGAAAAUGACCAGAAGGAGCAAGUGACCCCCAGGAGACUUGCUGGAGGACAAUUUAUGGUGCAGCUGGAUGCAGAGGGCACCUACCAGUGCAGCAUCACAGGGUUGAUUUUCGAGGUGACAGGAGCUGCCAGGAUCACGUAUUCCCUGUUAUCCUGGAGCAAAUAUGCCCAGCUGGUGAAGAAACCCUGGAUCGUGGGGGGACCCCUGUUCGACGUGCGCUGCUCAGUGCCCGCCGUGCUCGGCUCCCUGCAGUUCCCACACUGCCUCUGCCUGGGGGGUCACGGGGCUGGAGUGGCAUUCAAGGUGCUGCACGUCAAAGGUGACGGCGCGACCAUCGAGCCCUCGGCCGAGUUCUCGGCGUCCCACGUCAAGUGGGUGGUGAGCUCCCUGUCCCCCGUGGGCCCCCUGAUCCAGAGCCAGCAGCCCCUGCAGUACCACGGGGCUGUCAUCCUCUACAAAGCCAUCGAUGAGCACCCCUCCCUCUCCUUCUGGGUCUACCUGGCCACCAACAACGACUCCUUCAUCAAGGAUAUCUCAAAGACUGUAAAACUCUCGAAAAGGAAAUUUGUUAAAAUUGAAAAGCCCCCUGUAUGCCAAAAAUUACUGCAGGAAGGAAAGAAGUACAGAUUGAUCUGUGAGCCAGAAGCUGAAAUCACUCCUGUGGAGAUUGAAUUUGUUGAUGGGUCAGUCUUGAAACUGAAGAGUUACUUUGAGGUGUAUUUGGAGAAGCCUGAUGACUUCACCUUGUCCCUGGUGGAGCAGGACUCGGAGGAGACCGUCUGGAAAGCCAAACUCCGAGAGAGGGAUUGGAUCCAUUGUGAGCAGAACAAGAACGAGCAGAGGAGGAGCAAGGCCAGUGUGAAAAAGAGGAAGCCAGCCCUCGACAUCCUGGAGGAGGAGGAGCUCCACAGCAAGAAACAAAAAACUGGCAGCACUGCAGGUGGGACCUGGCUGCGAGAGAACCUGGUUGGGGCCGGUUUUGUGUCCUGUGAUUGGAACUGAGUCACUUUAUCCAAGAUUUUUUUUUCCCUGUGGAAUGGUCCAGGCUUGGGGAAGAGCAGCUGGAAAGGUGGGAAGAGGAGCUGGGGGU